AAUGUUGCGAUGUAAUAAUAGAUCAGCUGUGCCUGCCUAGGGUAAAGUGAUUACACGUCAAAACAAACAAGAGUCAAGUGUUAGGGAAUAUGAGUGUUAUCAAUGUUAUAUUUUGAAAACAAAGCGGGUGAUUUUAGUUUGAGUUCUGAGGAAAAUGAUCAGCAGUGAAGAAAAUGAAAAUCCUGGACAAACAGCAUGCUGUCCACCUCCUUCUCAAUCUUCAAGCGAUGAGGGGCUGCAUACUCCCACAAAACCUGUAAAUCUUAACAUAGAUGACGCAGAGUGUUCAUUGUUAUCGAAUUUCGAAAGACUCAAGAGAUGUGCUUCCACACCAGUGCUACCUUACACUUCCACUCCACUUGGUUUCCAGUCAGUUGUUACUUCUGACACUACUGUGCAGAUCCCUAUUGUUGGGUAUGAGGUGAUGGAGGAGAGAGCUCGCUUUACUGUUUACAAAAUAAAAAUUGAAAACAAAGCCAUGGGAGAAGCUUGGUACAUUUUCCGAAGAUACACAGACUUUGUUAGAUUACAUUCAAAAUUAAAAUGUGAAUUCCCAAAAAAAGUACUGACGUUGCCUCGAAAGCGAUGGUUUGGUAACAACUUCAGUCAGUCAUUCAUUGAGGAACGUCUACAUGGGUUGCAGAAGUUCAUUGAUACAGUGACAAGUGAUAAAGAGCUUCUAGCAUCUCAGAAUAUUCGAGAUUUCUUCUGUCUUGAUGAACCACCUUCAUUCUCAGAAAUAGGCGAGGAGUCUCGGGCCAUCUUUGAGGCACUGGAGGAGACCAUCUACCAGUUGAGAAGACAGCUGAGACUGAAGGAAACAGAGAUCAUGAACAUGAGGAUGUCUGUCACAGGAGCCCAGGAGAAGGCUGUUACCAUCUCUCAAACACUUAAGGAAGUUGCUUGCUGUGAUAACUGUAAAGACAAGGUGCAAAAUAUAAGUGAGGACCUCCAGAGAGUAUUGUGCUUACAAUUUUCGAAUCUAUGUUCUUGAUCGAAUGCCCAACACAUUUGUUACCAGUUUUUGUGCAUCAGUUGGAAUAUUCUGCUUUAGUCAUGCAAAGUGUAGCAGUGUGAUAACAAUACACGUUGAAUACAAUAUUUUUAUAACAUAAAUAUAACUUUUUAUAUUUUUUUAUGAAACAGUUGCAGAUACUGUCUUGAUUUUUUUUAAUCGAAUAAGACUGUUUAUAUAUUUGUGGAUAAUAUGAAGUCAUAUUUUCAUCACUUUGUAGCAUUGUUAUAUAGUUAUUUCUGAAGGCACUCUUUAUCAUGUAUUUUUAGUUACCAAUCAAAAGGACUAAUAUUGUGGUCAUUUACUGGUUUCUGUUGUCCACUGUAUUAAUGUUUUAUAUUAAUAAAGCAAAGAAUGUUAUAUUAUUAAAUUGUUGUGUAAUGCAGAUUGAAUAAAUUGAUUAAAUUUUAACUACUUAACUUAAAAACCUAAAAAAUUUAAGUAGGACUUUUCUAGUGUGACAUCACUAUAUUUGUGUAUAGCCUAUAUUGUGUAAAACUUCAUAAAAUUUUGUUUAAAAAUGAAAUAAGUAUAGAUUAAAUAUUUUUAAAUGCUGUAACAAGUAGUACCUGUAAUUUAUUUACUGACUGACAUAUAGUAUUACUUGUGAGCAUAACAUGGUAAGAGUCAGUUCACAUUCCUCUAAUUUUUCCAUUUUCAUUCUGAUACUUUUCAACAUACACAUCUUAUUUAUUGUUAAUUUAUAAUUGUACCAUUUAUUCUUUAAUGUUUAACAGCGCAGUUCUAUUAUAACUUCAAGUUCCUUUAAUUAUUUAUCCUUCUGUACAUUUCUUGUCCAUUUUGUUGUCAUUUAUAUGUAAUUAAUGAUAAAUGCAAUAAUAUUGUUAGCCUUGCACUGAUGAUAUUCUUAUAGAUAAUUAACUUUUGUUAACUUCUCUUAUUUUGUAAAUUAAACAUAAUAUUUGUAGUUAUAUUGCAGAUUUAAAUAGAAAGGAGGUUGUGUUUUUGUACACCAUAGAAGUUGUGCAUAUAAAACUUAAUAUUUUAUAGCUUACCAGCUUAUUUAUUAUACUGUGUUUGUGUAAUUUGUAAUUAAGUUUUAUAUUUUUAAAUAUACUUGUACAUUUUCUAUUUACCUGGUGAGUUGGCCCAUGUCGGGUUGUUGAUUGAGGACCAGUUUGGAUCCUCCGUUGAGUACUCAGGUACUUUUCCUUGCAUGAUUCCUUGUAAUUAGCUGUGUAAAGAUAAACUAUUCUUUAUUUGCAGGGUUUUAAAGAAUGUGUAGCUCUAAAUUUGAAAUAAUAUGAAUCAAUAAACAUUUAUUGCUAAUAUCUGAUUAAUCAGUCAUUGUAUCACUGAAAAUCUCCAACUUCUGGUUUAUUGGAUCAUCAUUAUUUACUCUUUUCUAUAAUUAUUGAAAAUUAAUGAAAUUUGAUAAUAUUUCUCUCAAGAUAUUUUUUGUUAUGGAUUUUUAUUCAGAUUUUACUUAAUACUUCUUCUUUUGGAAUUCUGUUUUUAUCAGCCAAUCACACUAUAACUCCUUAAAUUCUUUCCAUGUCAGGCUGUUGUUUAUUUGUUUAAGGUAUUAUUUAUCACCUUCUUAUCUACUUAAUGAAUUAGAACUUUAGUCCAUAAGAAGUAUAGUAAUACUUUAUACUGUACAUAAUUAAUCAAAUCGUUAUUUAGAUGUUUUGUUAUCACUUUAGAUGUACACGUUCUUGUUAAUUAAAUUGAAUUAUUUUAUUAUUAAUGAAUUCAUAUCAAAUUAGUUAUAGUAUUUAGUUGCUGCUUUAAUAUGUUUAGUUUUAAACUUAUCUAUGUUGAAACGUACAGCUCCGAACGCUACUAUUUAAUAUACUGACAGAAAAACAAAUUAAUUUUAAAAUGAAAUAAUUAUGUUAGCAAUCUGUCGAGGAAUAUGUAUACGUUAAUAUUUUAAAAUAAAAACAUUUAUAUGAUAUUUGUUGAUUUACAGUCUUUAUUGAAUCAAUUUGUUACUUUUUUAUGAGAUUUAAGGGAUGUAUACUAUUUGAAUAAGUUAAACUUUCAAGAAUUGAUCAGUUAAAAAAAUGAAUAUGUUGCCAAUUAAGGGAUCACUUUAAACCAUAGACAAUUAACACAGUAAACAAUAAUAAUAAAUCAUUCUACACAUACUUUAUCUUAUUUUUCUGAUACGAAAGUUUGUAUCUUAUAAAAAAAGAAUAAAGUAUAGUGACAGGUUAAUGAACCUUUCAAAUAUAUGCCAACUUUAGACUAAAUUCAACUUUAGACCCAAACCAUUUUUCUUUGGUCUGUGCUGUCAGAAUAGGAUAUAAUUCAGGAAAUUUGAUUAAAAUGUAAAGAAUUUUGUAAUGACCACAUUUCUUUUUACUUAUAAUUGAUAACAUCUUGUCUCUACAUUAAAAAUAUAUGCGACUUGGUAUGUGAUUACAUUUUUGUUUCUGUAUUACCUCACAUGAAAUAUUCGUCAAAAAAUUAAGAGUUGUGAUUGAAUGUAAUUUUUUUAAAGUGUGGUAUUUAUAAAAAUACUCAAAGUUUAAUUAUACUUAGAGAAUAUUUCAUUUGCAUGCUUGUGCAAUAUGUUAUAUGAAACCUCUCAGGAGUAAAUUUCCUAGGAAUAAAAGUAAGAACCCUCAUAUGAACAUGGGUUCUCAAAUACCUUCAUUUUCAACUGCUAAUCUACAAAGUAAUCUGUAAAAAUAUUUUUUUACUCUAGAGUUGGCUUUCAUUUUAGCCAUAAAUGGCACAGCUUUUUUAACCCCUUAUGCAGUUAAAAAAAUGAACUGCAAAAUCAGUUAAUACACAAACAUAGUGUUACAUAUCAUUUUAUUCAAAAUAGAAUGGGCUAAAGAAAGAAAAAUGUGGUUUAACUUUAAACUUAUGGAUGAUGGUCCUAAGUUAAAACUUAUUUUGUAAAUAAAUUUUUAUUUUUUUAUGAAAUGUUUGAUCUAAAAAUUCGUUUUUUAUGUUCUACAGCUCAUAGAAAUGUAUAAACACCUUCAAUUUAAAAAUCCAAAAUAUCUGGAUAGGUAUGCUGAUCAAGAAAAUGUCUAUUUAUAAUACAGAACGAAAACAAUGUAAAAUAAAACAAAUCAGAAUCUUGCUGACUCAAACAGCAACAUUUGUAAAGAUUGCAUGUCGCAUCAGAAAUCUUUAGUUUUUAGUGGCCAGUAAAAUAUUAUGGAGUGUUAUAUGUAUAAAAGUGGGUACAUUAAAAGAAAGCUCAGAAUCUGCCAAAAAUAUGAUGUAACUUAUAGUACGAUUUUAAUAAAGAAUGUUCGAAAGAUGAUGCAAUUAGCAGGUGAUGUAUAAUGCGUCAUAAGUUACUAUUCUGCCAGUUCACGGUGGAAAAAUGCAUUGUAAAUUACGACUUUGCCAGUCCCAGGGUUAAUUAUAGCGACUAAAAUAACACAAGACUAUAUAAAACUUGAUAUCUGGGAAGGCUAAUAAAGAUAUGUAUCCCUAUCACAUCUGGAAUACUUUUUAAAAAUUGGUUCUGGAAAACCAUUCAUUUUAAUUCUAUUAAAAAAGUUAUAACUAUUAAGACAAUUCAUUAUGCAAAUAAAAAAUGUGUUUUAAAAUUUUUACUGUUGAACUGUAUGUAGAAAUUGAGCUUUUAGAUGAAAACUCCUUCUUGGUAAAGUGCUGAUAAACUACUUAAUAAAAUUAUUAUUUUGGGUUGUCUUUCAAUGCUUUUUACUCUGAAAGACAUCUACAAUGUUUGUAGAUCUGUAUAGUAAGUCAAAUUUGCCUCCAGAAUAUUAUAUAUAUUACAUAAAUCUCCUAUGGUAUUCUUGUAGAAGUAUGAUACAUGAGUUUAGAAAUAACCUGUGAUGGUUUCUAAGCUAGCGGAUGUAACACAAAUCAACCAACCGAUUCCUUAUAUGAAAGAAAUAAUUAUUGGAAAAUCACUGUGUUUGUAUUUUGGCCAUAUUUUAUAAAUUGAUCAUGAUAAUUAAAAAAAUAAAAUUUGUUAUUUAGAUAUCACAUAGUAUAACCUUUCAUUGUUAUCGUAAAAUGUGAUCUCAUGUUUAUUUACCUUAUUUUUAUAAUACGAAUAUACACUAUAUUUUUGUAUACGUGAUUUGCAGAUGUUUUGUGUUCUGUUAACUUGAAUUUCGUUUGCCAUUUAUUGUUAUUGGAGAUUUGGAGGUCCAAUUAAAAAUUUAUAUUACGAUACGAAGUACAAUCUACCCUAGCACUGCUAGACAAACAAUUGACAUUCAGUUGUUGGACAACCCAGUUGUUUCAAGCUGGCGGAAUUGCUAUGUAAUAUACUCCAGUAGCACAACUUAGGAUAUAUAAUGUUGAUUAUGUAUUAUAACUAGUAUUUGUAUAUGGUUUUUACUGAGGAAUGUUUUUAAACAAUAUAAAAACCUUUACUAAAUUAAAUUCCUUGUUGUUGCUUAUAACAGUUGUAUGUGCAAUAUUGUAUUGUUUGAAUUUGAAAAAUAAAGUGAUUUUCCAAG